CCAACCACUUUACAUCAUGGUUUCUUGAGCCGGUUUUCUGCCAACACUUCACAGAGAUUAUUACCACUCUGGGCCAUGACUGAGCUGCUUCCCAACACCAGCAUUCCCGUGGGCACAGCAGCUCUUCUGGUGACCUCUGACUGUCCGUUUAACCUGACAGCGACUGCGCAGACGGGACAUGGCUCUGGCCAGUCACUUCCACCCCUCUGCACCCUCUGCUGCUGUGGGAUGCUCAACCGCACCCUCGCGGUGGCCUUCAUGGUCAGCCUGGCGUUUGCUAUUGUGGUUGGAAAUGUGGUUACUCUGACAGUGUUUGUGCAAACUAGGCAGUCGAGAACACCACAAGGGUACUUGAAAGUGUCUCUGGCCAUAGCAGACAUGAUGGUGGGUGUUGUCGUGGUUCCUUUCUCUGUUUUCACUGAAAUCUCUCUGAUGGUGACCAGCGCUCCUCCCUUGUGGUACCAGGGUGGUACAUCGGCAUCCUUCAGUGACAUGGAGAGCCCCUGGCAGCCCUGCAUGCUGAUUGGUCCCGUGUUUGCGGGGUGCACCUUUGUCUCCAUCAGCACCAUCUUCCUGAUGACUCUGGAGCGCAGCGUGGCCAUCCUGUGGCCGCUCCACAAAGACGCGCUGGUGACCAGAAGGCGAACAUUGCUCCUCAUCCUGCUGUCCUGGGCAGCCAGCUUCCUUCUGGCUCUCACCCCUCUCAUCUUCAGCAGCAACUUUACUUUGGAGUACAAUGAGUGCAGUCGCAUGUGUAACUACGCCCCACUGUUGUUUGGAGGCCGACUCCCGCCUGAUGCCAACAUUUUGCUGCUGUUCCCAGCGUUUGACUUCACACUUCUGGGUGGCACAUUAGCAGUUAAUGUUGUGUCCUUCACAAGCAUUCGCCGAUACACCCAAAAACGCAAACUGCUCUCAGAGGGGAGUCUGAGUGACGGAGGGGGAGGAGGAGGAUGCUCCCACAGACCAUCAUUCUCAGACAUUAAGGCUGCAAAGACAAUCGGCAUACUGACAUUUGCCUUCACAGCAUCCUUCUCUCCCAUCGCAGUGUUUGUGCUGGGAAAUGUGGUGGGAUACACGUGGUGCAACUUUUCUUUUCUCGCCUUCUGGAUCCUGACAGGAAACAGCUGCUGUAAUGUCAUCAUCUACAGUGUGAGGGACCACCGCUUCAGGAAAGGUGUGACCCUGCUUUUUCAAAGAGAGCAGUCCCCUCCCCACGGUGAGAAGACCUGAGGACUGUUUUGUUUUAGCAAGCACAUUUUUUGUGGCUCUGGUCCAAAAUAUUAAAUGAUUGCAAUCAUGUUAUCCAAAUGAGGAUCAAUGUGCGGAGUCGAAGCUUUGCAGAAGGGAGAAAAUGUGGAAACAGUCCAUGUUUUUUCCAGAUCUACUUUGGUCUGGGCAAUCAUGCAGGUUGGAAGCUUUUACCACAAAGACACGGUUUCAAGUCCAGUUGCAAACAAAUCCAGGUGAAUCAACCACAGGUCAACGUUUCAGAGUUGUAUGAAUGUUUCAAGUUGCAGUAACACUUACUCAGCUGAGAAUGUAGUGAAAUUGAGAAGAUCCUAAUUUUCAGUUGCAAGUCAGAGUCGAAGAUGCCAUAAUUUUAACUUUCAUACAUAUUCAAAGAUUGUAAGAAUGCCAUUCUUGGUUUUACCAUACAGAGACAAAGAAGUUCAUCAUUAUAAAUUGCUAUUAUUUCAGAGGAAAUGAUACAUUUCUUCCUCUGAUUGUGAUCUCAGUCUAGUCAUAAACUAAAGGUGAGUUACUGUUAGGUCACAAUGAGGGUGGAAGUGUCCAAAACUGCAGGUCACUGAUUGGCCACUGGAUGCCAGCUUUGAAAGCAGAAGGAAAAUUUAUUUGCAGUGAAUUUGUUGUUGUUCGUUUGCACUGCCUUGCAAAAACAUUACUACAUUUUGAAGUUUUCCAUGUUUUGUCACACUAAAACCUCAACAUCAACAUAAUUCUGUUCUUAUCAAACUUUUUGUUAAAAAGCAUCUAAAUAAUGUGUUGUUGUCUUUGUUUUGAAAUUCCUAAAUACAAUCAAGCACAACCAGUUGCCAUCAGAAGUCGCCUAAUUGUUAAAUACAGUCAAUCUGUGUAUAAUUUAAUAUCUGUUUAAAACCAGAACUGCAUCCAUAAAAACUAGACAGAUUAAUUAUAGAAUUGAAUUGAUUUAAAAUGUAUAUGCUGGGUAGUGAUCUGAGAGGCAAAUGCUUGCUGUAACUGCUGCAUAAUAGAAAUACAUGAUAUCCAAUCAUUUUUAAUAAGAUCCCAGACUGACUCAGCUACUUUAAAUUUUAGUCAUCAUGGCUUUAUGAAAAACUAAUGAAGUCACUCUUUCUCUUUCUGUGGCUUUUAGUGAGCUGUCUGUAAGGGAUCCCAGAACAAGUCAAUUUUACUAAUUCAGUUUAGGCUGAUUAUGUUAAGACUGGACACUUCUGUUUCCUUUCUGGAAACAGCUAAAAGCAGGAGUGAUUUAUUUUGGCGUUUUUCUGGGCUGGAGUGAGUCUAACUUGAGUGAAAGAGGUCGGAUGUCUUGGUAUCAAGUCUUAGUGAGAUGGAGCAGGAAAUGGUUUGACAUAUCAGAGCUUCAUCUGCAGUAAGUUUGGGUUCUCUCCAAUCUGAACAGGAGAAAAGCCAGUUCAGAUUUUUAGUCUAACUUCUCCAGUUAGACCAAAAGGCUAACCUCACACUUUUUGGUACAUCUGCAUUCAAGACAUCACCUGCAGUCGUGAGAUGUGGAUUGGAACUAAAAGAAUAAGGAGCAUGACACAAGUGGCUGAAAUGAAUUUCAUUGAGUUGUAGGCAUGGAUCCACCCUAAACAUAAGGAGAGGAACUUCAUGCUGCUCCUCUUUAUCAACAAGAGCCAUCGAGCUCUGGAGAGGAUAGGGAGAACAAGGGUUUUGUUCUCGUCCUGGAUCUGUUAUUUCUGCGAUCCAGCUACAAAGGCAGCUGGUCAGUAUACUCAUUUGUCAUUUCGCUCUAUUUGCAGUGAAAAUAGAGCAGUGAAAAUUUAAAUUUACAUUUUUUUGUACAAAGAUUUCGUACAAAAUAAUUUCUCUAGAUAAUAAUAUAGUUAGACUACCUGAGAAUUUUGCAUUUUGUAUGACUUUUUGCUAACAUACUUCAUGAUAAAGAGUGAUAACUUAGCACUGUUGACUCCCAGAAAGGGGGGGCUACCAGAGGUUUUUCUGUGUGGAGUUUGUACUUUCUGAUCCAUGCAUGAAUAGAUUCUCUUCGUCCUGCCACCGACAAACAUGCAUGUUAUGUUAAGUGGACACUCUAACUUGCUCCUAGGAGUGCGUGGGCGUGCGUGCAUGAGGGCGGGUGUGUGUGUGUGUGUGUGUGUGUGUGUGUGUGUGUGGUUGUUACCUCGCCUCGAGCACAUUGGCCACUAGAGACAUGCAAGAACCCCCGUAUAGCCCUGCAUUAUAUAAGUGGAUUUAGAGAAUGGAAGGUUGGAUGGCAUAUGGGUAUGAAAUGGGGUACCAAAUGAUGAGGGGGCACUUUGCUGCAUAAGAGGACAAAAAUGGAAGACUAAAUGAGAACCUGUUCCACCUAUCAUCCAUAUUUGUGCUUAUCAAACCAUUUCCUGGCUUUACUCUCAUGUUUACAGUCAAAAAAAAUUUUCAUUCUUCUGUAAACAGCUAGGUUCUGAAGUUUUUCAGUAACUAAAAUCAACAGCAAAAGUCAAAUUAUGCGUAUUAGACCACUAGACAGCUGAAAGGAUUAAACUAAACACAAAUACUGUAGAUCACAAGCAGGCAGGUCCAUGUCCUGAAUAAAAUUCAUGUCCUUACAGAUUUAUUAUUUAUUUUUCCACCUCUCAGGCCUUCCUCUGACUUCAGAAAUUAACCUUGUAUUUAUUUUGCUUGUGUGUGGACAUUAUGCGACUCCCUCUCAAUUAAAGUUCAUGUUUAGAAAUGUUAAUUUGACCCUGCUGCGAUAAUUUAAUUUUACUUUUGCAAUAAUCUGCCUCAGAAGUGCACUUUAUGAGCUCCUAUGUCAGCCAUUAGCAUUGUGCCAUCAUUUAGCGUCAUGCCAAACAGGUUUUAUUUACGUUUUAUAAAACCUUGUUUUUAUUGGGAUAAUAAAACAUUAUCUGUAUAUUUAUGACUAUCUGAAUGGGUUACAUCACAGAUGUGUAGAGUAAGAGUUUAUAGACCCUCGUACUGUGCAGCUUGUCUCUUCAGGGUAUGAUGUAUCUGUAACAUUAAGCGAUUUGUAUGAUGUCUUGAUUGUUGCUGUAUUGUAGAGUCUGACUACAUGAUAAAAGGUAUAAAUGAGCUCAACGAGGAAUCUGAAG